GUUUCUCCUCCGGGCAGGCUGCCCGACCAGCCCAAAGGCUGUAGAAGGCUCCUCGACAGGCAACCCCAGGCAGCAGGAGCAGGACUUUGCUGGAGGAUUAAGGCUGAACUGUCCCCGCGGGGAGGCUGAGUCAUGGCUUCCAAGCGCCCUUCGUCCUCCUCGACACAGCACAGGGAAAAGAAAGCGAAAGGGAAAGAUGGGGAUGAUACCUGGAGCUCCACCUUGGCAGCCCUCAAAACUGCCCCCAGGGAGAAGCCCCCUGCCACCAUCGAUGGGCCGUGCCCCCUGAGCACAGCACCAGGUGCCCAGGUCUACGAGGACUAUGAGUGCACCCUGAACCAGACCAACAUCAGUGCCAACAACAACAAGUUCUACAUCAUCCAGCUCCUUGAGCACAAGGGUGCCUACAGUGUCUGGAGCCGCUGGGGCCGUGUGGGGGAGGUGGGCCAGUCCAAGCUCAUGCCCUGUGCCUCCCUGGAGGCUGCCAAGAAGGACUUUGAGAAGAAGUUUCGGGAGAAGACCAAGAACAGCUGGGCCUCAAAGGAAAACUUUGUUGCCCAGCCGGGGAAGUACACACUCAUCGAGGUGCAGCCAGGGGCUGGGCAGGAGGUGGAGGUUGCCCUCAAGGGGCUGGGCUCUCCCCAUCAGGCAGCUCCCACAGCCUCUCAGAGGCUCACAGGUGAUGCUGGGGAUCUGCAGGUGGAUGAUGUGGAUGGGAAUAAGGUCUGCAAGCAGCGGGUGCUGCCCUGCACCUUGGACAAGGACACACAGGAGCUGGUGUCCCUCAUCUUCAGCAGCGACAUGUUCCGAGACGCCAUGCAGACCAUGAAUAUUGACGUGAAGAAGAUGCCGCUGGGGAAGCUGAGCAAGCAGCAGAUCGCGAGGGGCUUUGAGGCACUGGAGGAGCUGGAGGCAGCGCUGCAGGAGCAGCCCCCCCAGGCCUCUUGCCUGGAGGAGCUCUCCUCCCGCUUCUACACCAUCGUCCCCCACAACUUUGGGCGGGCACGGCCGCCCCCCAUCAACUCCCCUGACCUACUCCGUGCCAAGAAGGACAUGCUGUUGGUGCUGGCCGACAUUGAGGUGGCACAGAGCCUGCAGGCACAGAAAGUGAAGGAGGAGGAGAAAGAAGUCCCGCAUCCGCUGGAUCAGGAUUAUGCCCUGCUCUGCUGCCAGCUCUCCCUGCUGGACUCAGCUUCCCGGGAAUAUCAGCUGAUCCAAAACUACGUGACAAAGACUGGGCACAACCUUUGCAUCCUCAACAUCUGGCAGGUGGCCCGAGCUGGUGAGGAUGAGCGCUUCAAAGCCCACGACCUCCUGGAGCACCGGCGCCUGCUUUGGCACGGCACCAACGUGGCGGUGGUGGCGGCCAUCCUGAAGAGCGGGCUGCGCAUCAUGCCACACUCAGGAGGGCGUGUGGGCAAGGGCAUCUACUUUGCCUCUGAGAACAGCAAAUCAGCCUGCUACGUGGGCUGCACAUCCAAGAAUGUUGGCAUCAUGUUCCUGACGGAGGUGGCCCUGGGCAAGCCCUACCGCAUCACCCGUGAUGACCCCUCGCUGUGUCAGCCACCUGCUGGCUAUGACAGUGUCCUGGCCUGUGGCCAGACAGAGCCAGACCCUGCACAGGAUGAGGAGGUGCUGCUGGAUGGCAAGAAGGUGCUGGUGUGCCAAGGCAAGCCCAUCCCCAUGCCUGCCUACAAGAAUUCCUCCUUCAGCCAGAGCGAGUACCUCAUCUACCAGGAAAGCCAGUGCCGGAUCCGCUACCUUGUCCAGCUCCGCUUCUGAGGGUGCCCAGGAAUUCUGUGGCCCUGGCCCAGCACCAGCUGGUGAUGCCAACCAGCCCAGAGGAUAGUGAUCUGUACUCUGGCCACCUCACCUGGGGCUUGGCAAGGAACAGGCUGGUGUGGGGAUAGAGCUUGCUUUGAGGCGAAUAAAAGCACCCUGCCUUGUA